UAGAAAGUAGGAGAAAAACAAAAUCAUGAGAAAUAGAAGUAGAAGAAGCAUCCAAGAACAAACAUGUUCGUCUAAUGCUUAUUAUCUGAUAGUAGUUAGAGUAGUAGUGUUAUCAUUAUUAUUUAUUUGUGUCUAAAGAAAAACAAAUUGUAUGUGUGUUAAAUGCUUACACGCGCUGCUUCUACAUAAAUAAUAUUAAUAAACCACUGGUGGAUCGCAGAGGGGGCGCAUUAAAAACAAACUGAAAAACAAUUGUCAAUCAAAUUGUUAAACGCAUCAAUUAAAACAGAUACUAUCAAGGUUAGACAAGGUCAUAGAACAAAGAAGGAACUAGGACUUGCUACGAAGACAUGUCACUUUUAAUCAAAAAUAUCAGGCAGCCACUAAACUUUAAAGUGCCUUUAGCGGUGGCGAUUAGACAGCAGAGAUGGCAGCAUAAUCAAAACAGCAGGGAUUAUGAUUUAGUUGUGGUGGGUGGUGGCAUAGUGGGUGUGGCUUCGGCUAGGGAAAUUUUACUCAGACAUCCAUCUAUGAAAAUAGCGAUUUUGGAAAAGGAAGCUAAAUUAGCCGUUCACCAAAGUGGUCACAAUUCUGGUGUCAUACAUGCAGGCAUUUACUAUAAACCGGGUACACUUAAAGCCAAGCUUUGCGUGGAAGGCUUGCAUUUGGCCUACAAAUAUUUGGAUGAGAAGAAGAUACCCUACAAAAAGUGUGGCAAACUUAUUGUGGCCACCAACGAUGUGGAAGUGUCCCGUUUAAUGGAUCUGAACGAAAGAGGCCUUAAGAACAAUGUACCCGAUAUGCAAUUGAUCGAUGGCGAUAAAAUCAAGGAGAUCGAACCUUUCUGUGAGGGUGUUAAGGCUCUGUGGAGUCCUCACACUGGCAUUGUCGAUUGGGGUUUAGUGACACAGUACUAUGGUCAAGAUUUCAAACAAGCUGGUGGUGAUAUUCAUUUGGAUUUCAAGGUAACAAAAUUCACAGAAUCUGGUGAUGCUGAUUAUCCUGUCACCAUACAUGGUGGUAACUCCCAGCAAGUAGUACGUACUCGCAAUGUUUUAACCUGCGGAGGCUUGCAAUCAGAUUUAUUGGCUGAAAAAACUGGCUGCCCCCGUUCUCCACGUAUCCUACCAUUCCGUGGCGAAUAUCUGCUUUUGGCUAAAGAAAAGUGUCACAUGGUUAAUGGUAAUAUCUAUCCAGUUCCUGAUCCUAGAUUCCCCUUCUUGGGUGUGCACUUUACACCCCGUAUGGAUGGCAGUGUGUGGUUGGGUCCCAAUGCCGUAUUGGCAUUCAAGAGAGAAGGCUACAGUUGGGGCGAUAUCAAUCUCUUAGAACUCUUCGAUGCAUUGCGUUAUCCCGGUUUCAUCAAAAUGGCAUCUAAAUACAUUGGCUUCGGUUUGAGCGAAAUGAGCAAGUCCGCCUUCAUUCCCCUACAAAUCAAAGAAUUGCAAAAGUUCAUUCCCGAUAUUACCGAAUACGAUGUCAGCCGCGGCCCCGCUGGCGUAAGAGCUCAAGCCAUGGAUAUGGAUGGUAAUUUAGUUGAUGACUUUGUUUUCGAUAGGGGAACAGGCUCUGAUGCCUUGGCUAAACUGGUAUUGCAUUGCCGUAAUGCACCAUCCCCUGGAGCCACCAGUAGUUUGGCUAUUGCUAAAAUGGUUGCCGAUAAAAUUGAACAGGAAUUCAAUAUUGGCAAAUGCUAGGAGGACAAACGAACAGAUUUACAGAAAGACUGUAAUAAAACAAUGUUGAAUAUUUAUUAGUAAGCGUCUAAAUGUUGUUAGUGUAAGAAAAUGCAUUUGAUUUUUGUAUUAGAUUUUUACCAAAGCAAUAAGAAUAAAUUUUUAUUUAAAAUUUUUAAUGACAAA